GCGAUUAGAAUUCUUGAGACUUGUGCCGUUGUGCGUGUUUUGUAUUGCCAACGGUCAGCUGGCUCUUGUUGCCGACAGUCAGUUUUCCUAUAUUCAGCAAGCGAGUGCUAGCUGGUUCUUGUGAGAAGUCAAAGAUUACUAUUUUAUACGAUCCCAAACAGUUGUAAAGUGCAACCAAGUAGCUUCGUUUACAAAAGUUUGUUACGCAUUUCGUUCGGCUGACUAACUGCGCCGUGACAAAACAUCAACUCCGCUCGAACGAUUCGGAGCAAAAAAUUAAAUGCCGCGACCCAACGUUAUAUUGCGCGACUAGAAGUAACGUGACCGCAGUCCGCGUCAGUAACCGCGACGUAUUAUCCGCCGUGUAGCCGCGAAGAGGUGCGUAAACCUCAAGACCGUAUGCUGGCCAGCUAUAGAGAAGGAGGAAAAGAGAAGGCGCACACAGCAGGUGAUGUUUCGCUCGCGCGAGACACUUCCUUCGCGAUCAGCCGAGCACGACUCCUCGUCCGUUUUUUCUCUUCUCCUUCUCGCUCUUCACUUCUUCAAGCCGCGAUAAGCCACCUACACACUCGCGCAGCGAUUCCGGACACACCGCUCCUGCACUCUCUCUCUCUCUCUCUUUCUGAAGGAGUCGAAAACGAGUAUAGAUAUCUCUCUCCGCGAAAAUGCAUCGGCCAGCGACGACGAGGAGAUAAGGACACGGCCAGGGACGCAGCCUAAAGAAUCUCCGUCGUGCGAAUUUCCAGUAGGACGUCAUCAUGGCUAUUCCACCGCUGGUCAGCUCAACGCCACCACCUCUGGACAACUUUGGGGAGUCGGAUGAAGAUGAAUUCGGAGACUUCACCACUGCUGGCAUCGAUGGCUUAUCGCUGGCGUCGGAUUCCCCUCAAAAGGUUUUGACUCCCAUGCAGACUCCAACACCUUCUCUCUGUGGCACGCCAAAGGUGAACGGCGUGGCAAGUGCUUCUCCAACAGUGGUCACACCACCCAAGCCUGCUGAUGUCAUCCAGAGAACAGCAGCAGAGGAUAUUCUAAUUGUGGAAAAAACUAACGACAUAGUGAGCCGCAUAGAUUUAGAUGAUAGGACAGAUAGUGGUAGCGUUAAAAACAGUGGCUUUGACUGUAACAGUUUAUCUCGCAUUAGCGACGUAGAUUUGCCUGACAGUGACGACGUGAAAAAUCUCAAGAGCAAUAGUGAUAGUUUGAACCAUAUUCAGGAUGGCUUUGAUGAAAAAAGUACUGUUAUUAACGAUGUAGUAAGUAGUAACAAUAGUAGCUUAGACGAUAGUGGCAAAACGAACAGUGAACUGGAGGAUUCUUUGAGCAAUCUUGAAGUUAACGACGAUCCGGAACCAUUGAGUUUGAUUCUGGAUGAUCCAAAUAGCAUUUCAGAUGUACAGCAAAAUUUAGACGAUGAUUUUUAUGACUACGAACAUUUCAAGGAUCCGUUAGAACAAGAUAGUCCAGCUAGAAAUAAACCACCUAUCGUAUUGACACUUGAGUUACAGGAGCAUUUUCAAGAAACAAAAGUACAAAACGAAAUAUUCGCGACGCAUGAUGUGUCUUCAAUCGACAAGUGCAAUGACAGUAAUGAAUCGCCAUCUGUUAAAAAUGACGCUCAAGAGAAAUUGUGCAUUGAUUCUGAUCUUAGUAAUCAUAUCAGCCACGAUCUAGAAAAUCCGCUAGAGUUUUCUACUUUUUCUCAGGAAGAAAAACAAGUAAUGGAUGGCGAAUGUGAAAUGGUUACAAAUUAUCAAUUUGGUGGCUUAUUAAGAGAAUCAGUUAUUAAUGAAAUUAAUUUUGACGAUGUUAAUUCGCAAUGCAAGACAACAAACUUUGCUAACUUUAGCUUAAGCUUUGACGAUGAACCUGUUCAUGAAAAAUCAAAUCUAGAUUGUAAAUUUGUAAAUAAUACCUUAGACGUCAAUACGGACAAUGAUUGUCCCACAAAUAUUAAAAGUGAUUACAUAUUAGACAACCACAAGGAUGAUAGUUUUCAACAAUCAAAAGAUGAUUUUGGUGAAUUAAAGACUGCUGACAUUAUUCAAGAAGAUUAUCAAAGUUCUACAGAUGCCAAGGAAAUCGAAUACGCAAUUGGUGGAGAAAUUGGUAAUCUUGAAAUCGCUGUGAAAGAUAGCUACAGUUCUAGCAAUGAAAUUGACUGUGAUUUUUCUGAUUUUCAACAACCACAAACCUUUUAUGAAGAACCAAUAUUUCAAAAUGGUUAUACUGAUAACAAUAGUGACAGUCCAAAUUUAAAUCAAAAAAGUGACAAAUCAGCAUAUUCCACUAAUAAUUACGUAGAUGAAUUUCAAUCAUCACUGCCGAAUUUCGAAAAUGUUUCUGCCAAUGAUGAAUUUUAUGAAGUCGAAAAAUUCCCGUCUGAUACCUGUGCCACAUUUGAAAACGUAACUGAUGGAAUAGACGAUAGUUUUGCACAAUGUCAAACAAAAAACUUAAAUGAAGAAGGAAAAUGUGAAACUUUUCAAUCGGCACCUAAUGAGGACGACGACGACGAUGAUUUCGGUGAUUUUGCAGACUUUUCAAGUGCUCCAGUCGAAAAAAUACAUACAGACAUAAAUUCAAGUCAGGCUAUAGAGAAACCUGAGGCACAGACUUUUAAUGACGAUGCAGUAGAUGAUUUUGAUGAUUUUGCUGAUUUUGAAUCUUCCACGCCUGUAGUUGAAAGACCAAUUGUUAGUUUAAAAGAAUCCAUGUGUCGAAUAGAAAACAAGAAUGCUGCAAAUAAGAUUGAAGAUAUAGUUACAAAUAUGUUUCCUCCAAGUACUGAAAAUCCGGAAAUUGAUUUACAACCAUUAAUCUUGAAAAGCGACAAAAUAUGGAAAAAUAUUAAAAGUGUUGAAGAAACUAAUGCUCUGACUUAUCAAUGGUCAAACAGUAGUAGUAACAAUGCACUCUUAAAUGCCUUAGGCAUUGACUCUCGAAAUAUUUUAUUUGGACCAAGGUGGAACCCAAACAUUCCAAGAUUUGCAGCUAAUUUAGGUUUUUCUCCUUUGGAACCUGUUAAGGCAUCUGCUGAUUCUCAACAGACGACUAUGUCUUCAAAUAAAUCGCAAAGUUCUACAGCCACAGAAGAGGUACCUGCUGCACAGUUUGAUUGGAAUAGUUCAGGAUUAGUGAAUCCAUUAGAUGGGAGUGGCGGGUUAUCUGCACUUCUACCACUGGAUCUAUUAUGUCCAUUUGAUCCCUUACUAACAUCCCAUUGUUCCGCUCAUUCCGAAUCCUAUCAUCAUCAUGCUGCUUCUGCCAGGACAUCCGUAUACAACUAUGCCACAGAAACCAGUUCCUCGCAAGAUCACAAACAAGCACAAUCAAGUAAAUCACACAGGUCAGGUAAUCAUCAAACUAUCACCAGUCCACCAAAACAUCAGAAACAACAUCAAUCAUCCAGAAUUAUCGAACCAUUACCCGGACCAAGUACGAUAGACUGGAAGAAAACUGAUCCAGAACCAAGAGUAAAAAGUGAAAUGCAGAAGACUUCAAAAACCUCUCAAACUAACAAACCGUUCCUAGUAAGCAGCAGCAGCACGAGUAAAUCAGAUUCUGCAAGAUCCGAAACUAGUAGAUCUGAUGUGCACAGAUAUGAGCAGUCUAGAAAGUCUUCUCUAAAUAAGAGAGAACAUUUACAAAGUCCUGACCACGUCGUAUUAGACAGAUUUGGCAGACCGAUGACGGUAAGAACAGAAACAAUGAAGGUAUUAAAACAACUACCAGAUAUAUCUUUUCUUAGCGCAAGGACGUUACUUUACAAUCCUGAACAAAAGCAAAUAGUUCCAGACUUGGGUGCAAUGAUAAAUCGUAAAAUGCCUGGCUGAGUAACAUCGGUCUGAAUACAAGUUUGAAAGAAAAAAGGGCAGCUAACUUGAAUUAAAUGGGCUAAUAAUGUUUGUAGAUGCGAGCUGAUAUGUACAGUUUAUUCACUUUUUACAUGAUCAACUAAAAUUUUGUACAUUAAAGAACAUAGUAUACUUUAUUAUUUUUUAUACAUAGCUAUGGUUAAUACUUUAAAUACUAGUAUUUUUCAAUAGGAUAUUUUAAGCUUGACUAAAAUAUAAUUUUAGUUCGAAUGCUCAGCCAUCUCUAUUAUUGUUAAAGUAUUCAUUUUUUAUAUACUAAUAUUGAUCUAUUAUUGUUGCAAUAAUAUUUUAUUUUAUAAUUUCUUAAGUAGUUUUUUUUAGUUGUUAAAAGCAAGUUCUUGUAAUGCAUAAAUUAAGAAAUUCUAUUUUUCAAGUUAUUGACUGUUAAAAGAACAACACUGGCUACUAACUGAAACUAAUUUUAUUAUCGCAUAUAAUUUGGCUUUAUAUAUUAUUGUUUAGUUAAGCUCGUCCCUGAUGAAUUUUAAAAAUCAAAUAUUAAAGAAGCUAAAAGACUUCUAAUACCGUUCAAACGUGUAUUCAGACCUGUACUUGAUGUACUGCUCUUCCAUUCUCAUGAAAUAAAAAACAUCUAUAGUUUUUAUUCAUAGGUUUUCCAUUGCACCUAGAGAACUUGUUUCUGACAUUCCAUAAACUCUGUAGACCUUGUGAUUCCUAGCGCAAUUGACAAAAACUUUAUCACUUUAUAAGACUUUCAAUUUUUAACAUUUAUUAAAAACAUCGUGCAUAGGUUGAUUUUUGUAAAUUCUGGAAUGCUAGUAAGAUUUUUGUACGUUGGUACUUAUAAUUUACAAUCAUAAAUAUUGAUUAAUCGCUUGUAUAGAUUCUUAAGUGGAUGAUUGCGAAAAAUUCGGUCGCCUUAAAGUACGGUCAGAUCCGCUUUAUUAUAUUAUAAGUAUUAUAAUAUACAUAAAAUCCUAACAUCGGCGUUUACUUCAAGCGCUCACUUAUAAUUAUUUUAUACGAAAUGCGUUUCUGUGUAAUAUCUUAGGAAAAUGUAAACCGAGUUUUUUGUCAUGAUUUGUAUUUCAGUUGACCAAGUUAGAGAACUUUAAGACGAAUCCGUCGAGUUUAUUUUGAGUUCUAAAAGUUUGGUCCAUGUUCUAGUCUACUGAAGUGUUGUACAGUACUACAUUAAAAGUAUUGUGUAUUAUUGUUUCGAUGAUACAUACAGUUAUAAUAUAUUAUAGUUAUUGUUGUUGAUUUUCACUAGUGAUAUUUAAAAAAGCAUCUUAAAGAUUGCUAAGGGUAUUUUGGGAUAUGGGUUUUUAAUAAACUUUGUGCACGGAUAUUUGUACUUGUCUCAUUCUCGCCUACUCACUUUAUUAAACAAAAGAAAAGUUCAAAUCAUGCUAAUCUUAGUCCUAAUUAAUACAGAUACUGCACUCGAUUGAUUUGAAUAAUGCACGGCAUAUUUGUUUGAGCGAAAGAGUGCUGGCAAUUACUGAUGCAAGGUAAUGGUUAAUCUUGAAUUGAUCACUAGGUUGACUAUACAAGUACCUAAGGGAAUACCGCAGUGACUUAUUGAAGAAUAAUAGCGUUCUAUAGUUAGAAAUUAAAAAAAAA